CAGUCCAACAUACAUAAACACAAAACACAACAAUUUUUGACUCUUUUUGUUUAUGCAACAGUUCUCACAACACAACUCAAUGAAGUUUCAAACCAUUGUUGCAGAACAUAGAUUAAGAUGCUGAAUGAAAUUUACAUUUGAGGAGUAUCUUCAUUGCAUUUUGAAGAGUAGGUCAGGAAUUCACAAGUGUCCAUCUUUAUUGAUUUCUGAAGCAAACCCACCUUUGCAAAAUUUUCACAUAUCUCAGAGAUUUCUUGGUUUUCAUUGUUUUGCAUACCAUCAAAGUUAAUACUACUGGCAGUUAUCACCAAAGAAAGAAUCUAGAUCCAGAAUCCUCAUAAUUCAAUCAAGAUAGUUUGUGUUGUGCUGUGGUAUUUAAGAUGCCCUUAACCUAGAUUUCGAGCAAUUAAGUAGAAUCUUGAAGUUGAAACCUAUUCUCUUUUUCAACUAUGACUAUGGAUGAAGUGGACAAUAGCUCUGAGUGGAGCUGGGAGCAAGACAAGGCAUUUGAAAAUGCCUUGGUGACGUAUCCUGAGGAUGAUUCGGAUCGAUGGGAGAAGAUUGCGGUCGAUGUACCGGGGAAGACUAUGGAAGAAAUUAAGCAGCAUUAUGAGCUCUUGGUUGAUGAUAUUGGCCAGAUUGAAGCUGGUUGUGUGCCUUUACCAUCGUAUAAUUCUUCUUCGGAGGGUUCAACAAGUCAUGCUAGCGAUGAAGGAGUUGGGGGGAAGAAGGGUGGUCACAAUGGCCACAAAAACGAUGAGUCUAACCAUGGAACUAAGGGCUCAAGAUCUGAUCAAGAACGACGAAAGGGCAUUGCUUGGACUGAGGAAGAACACAGGUUAUUUCUUCUGGGCCUGGACAAGUACGGAAAAGGCGACUGGCGAAGCAUUUCAAGAAACUUUGUUGUAACCCGAACACCAACACAAGUAGCAAGCCAUGCGCAAAAAUACUUCAUUCGACUGAACUCGAUGAACAAAGACAGAAGACGAUCGAGCAUACAUGACAUUACAAGCGUUAACAACGGAGAUGUUUCAACGCCUCAAGGACCCAUCACCGGUCAAACGAACGGUUCAUCUGGAAAUUCUGCUGGCAAAUCAGUCAAACAAGCUGUUCCAUCGACAACCGGGCUACCAGGUGCAGGAAUGUAUGCCGCCCCUACCAUUGGACAACCGAUAGGAGGACCUUUAGUAUCUGCUGUUGGCACCCCUGUGAAUCUCUCCGCACCUCCUCACAUGGCUUAUGGUAUUCGAGCACCAGUUCCCGGUACAGUUGUGUCCGGUGCACCAGUGAACAUGGUCCCUAUGACAUACCCUAUGCCUCAUCAUACUUCUGCUCCUCACAGGUAAAGUGGUAAAGUGCUGUUUAGAGACCUAAUGUACAAAAGAUAGAAGACUUAGAUUGGCUGCUGCAGUGGAUGUGAUUCUUUUGCUAGACUAUAUCUUUUUUAUUUAUUUGCAUGCAUGCAUGGAUUUUAUUCUUAUCAAGUCAUUUGAAUAAUAAACUAUAUCAGGGAGAUUUUGAAUGUAUGUUUCAUUACAGGCUGCCAUGAAAUGUGACAGCCUUGUGACAUAGGAACCAUAUGAGUAUGGUUGUUUUGUAGACUUUUGAAUUGCUAUUUUGUUAAACUGCGUUCAGAGGAAGGUUCUAUGGAUUUAUUAAACUGUAAAUUAUUGUUGCAUGGUCCUGGUUUUUUUUUUAUAAGA